AUGCUGUGGCAUCAAUGGCGAUUGACCGACUCUAGCGUAGACAAAGUAGUCGAAGAGAGCACUGUUAUCCUGGAUGGGACUACACCACCGGCUCAGACCAUCAUAUUCGAAAACACAAAUUUUAAGAGCUCAUCGGCGGAAUUGGCAAAAGGAAGAGGUACACCUCCUACCCAGCAGGGAGGGCUCAAAGGACCCUCUUCUAUGCAGCAGCAUAAGAUUUCAGAUGCUAAGGCGUCGGCGCCUGUGACUGCAGCUGUCAGUGCUGCUACCAAAGGUGAUACUGGACAAAUGGCAGCGAUUGCUGCUGGCGCAGGCGGCAAUAGUGGGUAUCAAGGAGCAGGCAAUCUUCAGCUAGCUGUUGGUUGCAAUAAAUCUGCAAUCGGUGUCGGAACCAAUUCUGCCGUUCCAAGAAUCCAACAUAUAGCCGCAUCCAGCGUCCAGUCGCCUAUCUCGCCAUCUACGGCUGAGCUCAAUAUGAAAAUCGCAUCCGUUAAAAAAGUUUGGGAUAUGCCAACUGUUAUGGAACAUCAUGGAGAAGAUCCAAACCAGGGAGUUAAUCCAAAUGUAGUACCUGGAGCUUAUCCGGUUGCCUAUGAGGCAGAUACCUCAGCCGAUAUGGCGCAGGAUGUAUAUGGAGCUCAACAGCAAGCCAAAAUGGAUAAUUCUGGUGUGAACAAUGUGUGCAAGGUUAAACCACAGCAACAAGCAGCAGCAGCAGCAGCAAUGGCUUUGGCCGCUCAGCAGCAAACCAUGUCGUCUUCCCCUACAUUCAGUGGUGGGGCGCCUUCGUGCAAUACUCCUUCUGUUGCUGCAGCGGCGGCAGCGGCCGUCGCAGCUGCUGCAGCAGCUGCUGGUGCCCCUGGUGGAUUGGGCCCAGUAGGUCCGUUAAGCUAUCACCAGUACGGUGGCAUGCCUGCUGUGCCGUCUCCUCCGGCUGCCAUGGUUUAUGGCUCCGCACCAGGCCAGCAACUACAGGGUGCUCCUCAGGCCAGUAUCUACGGCCCAUUCCUGGAUUCGAAUUCUCAGUUUUCGUUGUUGCAAGUGCUCAAUGGGCCAGGAAACCCAGCACGGUCCCAGUUUUCCCAUUUCAUGUCCCCAGCUGCUCAUGGUGUGGGUAUGGGACAUGCUGGAUUGUCUAAUUUGGGCAGUUUAAGCAACGCUGCCGGCGCAGGUCCAUUCGCUGCCCAACAGAACCUUUUGUUUCAGCAACCGCCUCCACCAAGCCCAGCUGCACCUCCUAACGCUGCAUCUGGUGGUGCUUCAGGAGGUCACGUGCCACCCUCGGUGGCUACGAUGAAUGACUUGUACCAGUCGUCGCAAUACCGGCUACAGGGUCAUGGGCCUUUCGCGGGCCAGUCACAACACAAUAGUCCUGGACCUAUGUUGAUAUCCAGCAACACCUCGCUCGGUCUCAAGUCCUCUUCUUAUGGUUCUAUCGGCCAGUCCAUUCAUGGCUCCAUCGGCACCAAAUCGGCUUACCAACAGCAACCAUCCGGUCACCAGCAUUCGCAGAUGUAUUAUCCUUAUGACCCGAGCCAACCAUUGAUGAAUAUGGGACAAGUUAGUCAAAUGGGUGGCCAAAGCUACUUGUCGCAAUCGCAGCUUCUAUCACAGCAGCGAACGGCUCCGCCUCCGCAGGUUCAAGCCAUUCAACCACCACCAUCAUCAUUCUAUUCGGGUGGUGCUGGCCAAAACAACCAGAACGCUGGAUACUAUAGUCAACAACCUGGUGGCCCUAGUCUUCAACAAAUGGGACAAGGUCCCCCAGCCGCUCCUGGCCCUUUUUCGCUGCCGGGAUUUGCCUCCCAAGCCGGUCUGCAAGGAUACGCAAAUAGGGCGGCUCAACAGCAGCAGCAGCAACAACAACAGCAACAACAGCAGCAGCAGCAGCAACAGCAGAUGCCAACUCAACAGCAGCAGCAGCAGCAGUAUAAUCUUAAUAUGGCUGCGCGUUAUCCGCCAAGGAACGGCCCUGGACCCAUGUGUACGAGUCAAAUACCUCCUACUGGACCGCUGGGUGGCCUACAAUUUGCAAAACCUACCCAUUCUCCGUCUGGGCCCAGCCCUUCUCCUGCUGGAGCAGCUCCGUCUCCUGCUCAGUACAUGUCUGGACAACUGGACAACAUUGGAAGUAGUCAAAGUGGAGGGGAGAAAAUUGACAUCGUUCAGCAACAAGGUGGUUCUGGAACGUCUCCUAAAUCGAGAAACAAGGUUCAACAACAACAGGCCGCCAACCAACAGCAGCAGCAGCAACAACAACAACAUCAACAACAACAGCAUCAUCAGCAGCAACAACAUCAACAGCAGCAACAACAGCAGCAACAACAACAGCAGCAGCAGCAACAACAACAUAUUCAUCCAAUGAACAAGUUCGGAGGCAGCUCCCAUUCGAGCGGCGCUUACCCUGGACCUCCUUCGAUCCGAACACCUUUCGUUUCCGUCCGAAGCGCUCCACCGCCUCAACAAACAUCAGGCAGUAACUCGAGCAACAUGAUGAGUUCCAGCGGAAGCACCAGCAACAAUGCUCCAAGGUACCCGACACCGAUUCAGCGACCGACUGCCACGACUGGAAACAUGCAACAACAUCCGCCUCCACCGAUGCAUUCGAGUGGUCCUCCCGGAGCUCCCGGAGGUGGUUUAGGAGCCCGACCUAGAGCACCCAACCCGCAUCCGGCUCGUACUCCCGGCUCGGGUUCGGCACCUGGUCACCCCUCUCAAAUGAAAAACAACGCAUCAAAUAGCUAUGCGAUGACGACAAGCCAGCAUGACAAAACGACUUCCGCUAAUAGCAAUGCUACGACGCCGACAUCGGCGACCAAUUCUGGCAGCACGGCAACGUCUUCGUCAGACGACAAGCCUCAGCGCAAGGGAGGUAAUAAUGGGCCGGAUGCUCCUGCGAAAACAGCUUCGAGUGAUGCAAGCAACAAGGAUAGCAGUGUUAAAGCUGACGGUCCCGUCGCUUCCGUCACUAAGUGAAUUUCCGGAGAUAAACUUUAACAAAACAAAAAAAAAAAAACAAAAAAAAACUAAAACUAAAAAAAAGUGCUGUGCAAGUUUUUCGAUUGAAGGACUCGGUUUCCUGAGUGGAAGAUUUCACACAAACUUUCUUUUUGCAAAGCUGACGCACGGGGAAAAAAAAAAUAAAAGCGUAAGAGGAUAACUUGUCUUUUCUGUCGGACAAACGUCUUGUGCUUGGCCCUGCAGCUGCCUCCCUCAAACUCCCCCCUUUUUCUUUCUUUGAUCCUUUGUACUUUUCCCCGAUUGAUCACUUUUUUUUUUUCUUGUUCCCGCACACACCUCGUUUAUUCGCGACAAAGCUAAAAGGCCCACCAAUUGUUUCUCCCAACCUUUUUUCUUUCCCAACUCUUGGCCGUUUUCCAAUUUUUGUAGCAUAAAAAUCACCCCCACCGCUGCUCACCGCAAAAUAAGCUAUUCGAAUUCGAUCGAAUGCUGGUCUGAUUUUUGAAGAAACUUUGUGCGAGUGUAUGUAGGAGAAAGAGAGUAGCAAACGAGCGGAAUUCAUGAGGGACAAUUUGAUUGCGCGGUGUGAAUCUAAUUUUCCAUUCGACCCUUUUUUCAUCCAUUCUGUCCUCUUUGGGGUUGUCUCUUACGUGUUUGUUUCGAGAUUUCUUUAUUUUGCUCUGCAUUCUCAAACCCACUUCUUCUAUCUUAAUUAAACAAAUCACUACUUUUCCCUGUUUUGCCACACAACAUCGUUUGGAGCAAGAUAAAUGAAACAAAAAAACGAAAUAAGUUGUAUUAUUGCAUCUUGUGUAAUCAAACAUGGUUCGUUUCCUCGCGA